AUGGGAAAUGUAGAUAUUGAAAUGAAAGAUGAUAAAUCACCAACAGAAACAACAACAACAGAGACAUCUACAACCAAUAAUAAUAAUAAUAAUAAUUUAGACGAAGAAAUGAAUGUUACUGAAACAACAGAAACAGAAACACCGACAUCGACAUCACCAACAACAUCAUCACCACCAACCUCUAGUAGCAAUACACAUACACCAUCGAUUGGUGGUGGUAGUGGUGGUGGUAUUACAAACGAAGAGGAUGAUGAAGAAGAAGAUUAUAUUGUAACGGAGGUACCUGUCUAUCUCUCACAGACACUGGCAGACAACUUGUUCCUCUUUCAAUAUCCACUGCGACAACCUUGGAGACCUUACGAUAUGAAUCGACUCGAAGAACUUAGAAUCAAGCCGAAACAACAGAAGGUAGAGAUCGAUCUUUCAAUCGAUAUUGAAUCCGACAAUUUCAACGAUCAAUCAGAUAUCAAAACUGAAAAGAAUACACUAUCAUCUACAUCCGUUGCACACAGAACAAACUAUGCCGUUGGUAUACUUAGAAAUGAUGAAUUUCAUUUAACACCUUUACAAUCGAUUAUACAGUUAAGACCACAUUUCAAUGUUGUCGACGAGAAAUAUGAAGAGGAAAAGAAAGAGAAGAAAAGAGAGAUCUUGGAGAGUGGUGAAGUUGACGAAGAUGAAGAUGAUAAACCUCAACAAGUUUCAUAUAGAAAACCAAAUGCAAAACAGGUGGCAGCGAAUCAGCCGUUGAAUGCGAUCAAGAAGAUGGAGGAUGAAGAGAAGUGGAUCAAACUGACGUUGGUUGACGAUCGGCUGGAUAUCAAUCUCGAUGAACAAUUCAAUAAGUUGAUAGCACCCGUACAGGAUAAUAUACAUUUCGAUUUGAAUCCGAUGCAGUAUCUCGAUUUGCUGUGUCCAAAGAUACCCGAGGAAUGGGUACCGAAGGAAUCGCAUGCACAAGAAACAACAUCGCUCGAGGCAAUCCAUCAGAUGCCAUGGCAAAAGCAAAUCCGACACAUUCUCAUGAACGGAAACGUUCUACCAUUCUCAAAGAUCUACCAGCUGCUCUCUGACCACUCCAUACCCGACUACGAAGUAGCUGCUGAACUUGAAAACAUUGCAUAUCUACUUAAAGGUAGAUGGGUAAUUAAAAGAAAAGAGUUUGCAGAGAAAACGCUACUGAGUUCGGAUUUCGCAAGAGAUAUGCUGGCAAAGAUUGCCAAUGUCGACUUGGUAUCGAGAAGAUGGUAUCUGAAGCAACACGAAGACGAAGAAUUCCUAACGAGAUUCCCAAUAUUGGCAGAGAAACAAACUAAACUAUUGAGAGAUCAAUAUGAUAGUGUUAUACAAUCAUUGGAGAAUCUAUCGGAUCCAUCUUCGAAUCCAAUAUUCGAUAUUAUAUCGAGAGGUAUCGGUAAGGAACAACUUGGUCAACCAUCAAAGACGGUUACUGCCACCGGUGGUAAAGACAAACAACAAGCCGGUGAAGCAAACGCUGCACCACAACAAGUCAUUCCAGAGGAUUUCACAGUGGGAACAACCAUCGAACAACAAUUACUAUUCUUUAUUAUCAAUCUAUUGAAAAAUCAUGGUGUUUGUUCAAAUCUUUUCAUCAAACAAAGUAUUUCACAACAAUCUGAUAAUCAAAUGGCAAACAAUCUAUUGAGAGAUCUUACAGAUGAUACUUUGGUAACUAGUACUUUGAAUCUUGUUUGUGAUAGAGCACAUCAUGCAUAUGUAUUAAAGUCAUCCGGUAAUCCCAGUAUGGAUAAAUAUCGUAGAGUUGUUAUAGAUCUAUUUAAAAAGAAGAUGAUUCUUAAAAAGUCGGAUGUUACCGAUGCUUGUUUGAAGAUUCUUGGUGAAGACAUUCCAGCAGGUAUGAAAACAACGAUCAUGCAUGAAUUUGCAUAUCAAAAAGGAACGGCAUGGGUAUUUAAAGCUGGUAAAUAA